AUGUCGCACAAGAGAUUCUAUGUGCGUCUGGAGCUUCAGCUUCAUGCGCUGACCUGUCCUGGCGUUUGGUUGUGUUCACACGGCUAUCUGGAGGCAACUAUUAAGACACUUGGUUACUACUUUCGCACUGGCGCCAUGGAGCCUCGGUUUCCCAUGCUGUGCCAUGAUCAGUUCACCAUGGAGGGAUAUUUUAGAAGUGUCAAUUCGCUGGAAAAGAUGCGAGAGAUGCUUAACGCCGAGCAGCUGGAAAUAACUUUAUGGCAAAAUGGACGGCGACUAGCCUACUACAUUGGCAGAUUGUCGGAUGUGAUGCAGCCAUCAGUGCCACGCCUCAGUUGUGCCCACAACGACAACGUGCAGCUGCUGAUGAAGGCGACGCCCGCCUUUCCCGGCAUCCUGGCACCAAAAGUGGAGCUAUCCGCAGAGCUGAAUGGUCGGGACAAGCAGCACAACUGCUGCCAUGUAGAUUUGCAGCGUCCACUUAGCAAUCGUCAUGUGGAGAGCCGUUGCCUCAGUCGCUUGGAGAUGCCGCGAAAACAGCAGACUGUCUGCCAUGCCAAGCAAUCCAGCUGCUGGCCAAGCAGUCCCAGCUUCAGUUACUCCAAUUCCAAUUCCAGUCAGCAGCAACGCAGGCUGUCGACGUGCUCGAGCAGCACACAGUUGAGUGGGGAAUCCCAGCAUUCCAGUUUGACGCAGUGCAGCCACUCAUCAGCCUUGAGCGGCGCAGCUGAACAUCAAAGCAGAUGCCACAUUUGCCAGGCAUACAGCAGAUUAUUUGACAAUUAAAGAACUUACAAAUAUUUGCUCUUAUAUAUUAAAAAUAAACUUAAACUUAGAUAUAGA